AUGCAUGAAAUAUUUCAUUGCCUACAACGAGCCUACCGAAAAUUUCGCUUAAAUACUUUGUUACCAUUUGUUAUAUUGAUCUCAUAUACACUAAUUGGCGCUGCUAUUUUUCGCAAGCUCGAAUUAGAGCUUGAUUUACGUGAAAGGCAAUUAUUCCGUCGAAACUAUAACUAUGCUUUAGAUCAGAUAACAAAACGAAUGUUAGAGCUACGGUGUGAUGAUGAGGUGAUUAAAUUUAAUAAAGAUUUACAAACGAAGUAUACGAAGGAAGCGGUGAAUUGGUUUCUUGAUUACACAAACUUGACAGGUGUUAUCCGUGAACGGAGCGCUAGUAGUCCAUGGUCAUGGUAUGGUUCAAUGUUCUAUGCUGGACAGCUGUACACUACAAUCGGAUAUGGAUUACCGACUGCAAAAACUCUUGCUGGCCAAAUUGCCAGUAUAUUUUAUAUUAUGUUCGGAAUCCCAAUGUUUUUAAUUAUUCUCAAAGAUGUUGGUCGAUUAUUGUCGCGAAGUUUUCGUAAAUUUUAUAAACGAUCUCGAAGUACUGGAAAGGAAUUUAUCGGAAGAGUGCGGAAGAUAAGCAUUUCAAUGAAGGCAUUAUAUAUUCAUUUACCAUCUAGGACGGGAAGUGUUCAUUCAUUAUCUGUAAAAGAAGUUCAUUUAGAUCCAGAAGUUGGCACUCACAUUCAGCAAAACACAAGAAAAUUUACUCACGGGAAUUCAUUUUCGAUUCCGAUCGCUUUAGCGCUGCUUAUCCUUUGGAUUGGUUUUUCAGCAGCUUUAUUUUCCCUAUAUGAACCUGAAUGGGGCUACCUCACCUCUGUCUACUUUUUCUUUGUCUCUAUAAGCACAGUCGGCCUGGGCGAUAUUGUCCCAGGUAAUAAAGAUAUGAUGCUCGGUUACUUUCUAUUAAUCCUCAUUGGGCUUGCCUUGCUGUCAAUGUGUGUCAAUCUUAUUCAAGUAGCAAUAGAAAGAAUUCUUGGACAACUCUUGCAGGAAUAUAUUGAUGAAAUUGAACGGGUAGCAGCUAUUGCGAAGACUGAAGCCGACUUUGAAUCCAAAGUUUCACCCUACGAAGUUGGAAUGGCUAGUGGUUUGUUAACGGUUCCAUUGGCGAAACAAAAUAAAGCUAUGCGGAGUUUGCCAAAUCGAUUUAAAGAAUGGAUUGCGGAACGUAUCGCAAACAAUAUGAUCGAAUCACAACUUGAUGAAAUGAAUUCUGAUGUAGAAUCUGAAUCAGAGACAUCUAUUUCAUUUCAGAAUCAAUCACAAGAAAAGCGACAAAAACAACCACGAACAUGUAAAAUUAAUUUGGAAGAAAUGCGUUCGAGACAGGGCUUACGAUUUGGUAACUUUAUUGAUUGCUUAUUGAAGCACAUUCCAGCUAUUCGUACUGUACAAGCAUUGGAAAAAGCAAAAUUUUAUGCUCCAAAUGAUGACUUCCAAUCAAUGCUGUUUAGUAAAUUUGUGGGAAACUCGAAACUAGAACGGUUUAUGGAUCAAAUUUGUGAUCCGGAACCUCGUACACAUCAUGCUGCUAUACAAACCGAUAUCUUGCGACCUGCAAAUAUUGCUACCUUUGGAGAGGACAUGCUUUUUUUUCGCGGUUCACAAGAUUCAUCAAUCAUCCGGUCUGAUACCACCCACCAAUCGACUAACUCACUUUCUUUUGAUACGGAAAGUGUAUUUUCUGAUGCCUUCGGUGAUAUUGAAUUUACGGAAGCAUGCGCUCCUCUCGCUCUUAGUGAUAGUUCUAUGAGUUCAUCAAUUACUUCAAUCCAAAUAGCACAACUAUCAUCAAAGAAGCCAUUAGAAUCAGCCUCAAGAUGGGCGUCCAAAUGGAAAGAAAUAUCGAGAAAUCUGAAGUCAAAAUCCUGUUAUGGUGCAAUAUCUCCAUACUCCGGUGAAUACUCAACGAUAGUUUCAAUACCUCCUAUAUUAAAUACACAAUUUGUACGGAGCAGAAAUUAUUGUCGAAUUGGUUCACUGCCAUCAUCUUUCCAACGUUCAUCAUUGCAAUCGGUUCCCUCACAGUCUUCACGAAAGUGCAGCGAUGAAUAA